GCCCCCGUGGCUCGUGUGGGACUGGUCGCCCAGCAGGCACAAGGGGCUAUGCUCGCCCCACUGCGCCGGGACGUGGCGGAGAGGAAGCAAGCUCAGACCCGGUCCCGGGCUGAGUCUGCUGCUUCCCGGCCUACCCUCCGGAGCGGUGCCUCCAUCCUGGAGACCGGCAGCACGGCUCCUUUGGUGCCGCUGAGCUCGUUUCGGGACCCUCCUCCGCGCAGACUUGUUGGAAAGGGAGGGUCCCAGUUUUGUUUUUGUUUUUGUUCUCAUUCCGGUUGCUUUGCACUUUUGCUGGGGAAAUAGGCGGGCGUUUUCCACUCUCGGAAUUGGAGAAGCGUCCGGACUCUGGGCGAGAGUGGGUUGGAGACUUCCUGCUGCCUCUCGGCUUCGGGCGGCUGCUGCAGUGGUCACCGCCUGUGGUUAUUGUCUUGUUGGCUUUUCGCGGACUAGUGGUUAGAGAAGAGAGUCGGAUAUAGUUUUCGAAGUUAUAAGCGGAGCAUCUUUUCUACCGGAACUCAAAGCAUGCCCGGUCCUUCGGCCGUGGUCCUUUCGCAUCUUUUGGGGACAUCGCAUAUUACGAGUAGCUUCAAACCUCAUUUCUGCUGGCUUCGUUUUCUUGGUUUUAGUUUUAGCACUUGGCUUUGAGUGCUUCAGACAGUUUUAUCGCCAAGCAGGAGGAAAGGCUUUUUCUUUAGGAAUUGACUGAGUGCGCCCAGUCUUCAAACACUAAGUUAUAUAAUUGCAUGCAGAUACUUGUAGGCUUGGAGAUAGAAUGGUGGAAUGGUAAACAAUAAGACUACGUUCUUGUCUUCGAGUUUUCAUUCUGUCAAAGGAGACAAGCAGAUUGGUUUCUUCUUUAACAGCUGUUUACAAUUUGUGGUGAGAACUUUUAGAAACAGGUGCUUGCCGGGCAGUGGUGGCGCACGCCUUUGAUCUCAGCACUUGGGAGGCAGAGGCAGGCGAAUUUCUAAGUUUGAGGCAAGCCUGGUCUACAGAGUGAGUUCCAGGACAGCCAGGACUACACAGAGAAACCCUGUCUCGAAAAACCAAAAAAAAAAAAAAAAGAAAAGAAAAGAAAAGAGAGAGAAAUGAAUGCCCAUGGAGUAGGAAGUUUCAGAGUGCCAGGGAAAGGUGUUUUUGGAAUGGUAGGAAGGUAUAGAGAGGACCAAAUGUCGGUAGACUAGUUAGCUUUAAGUUGAGAAGGAGAACACAAAUUACCUUUUUCAGGACUUUGAAAAUCAUGAUAAAGGGUUUAAGUGGCUAUGAAGCAACAAUUUUGACUCUUCUAUGGAGAAUGGUGUAGGAGAGGAACAACAGAAACAAUGAGUUACAAGGCACUAAUAGUUCUGGAUCCUUGGGUGGUCUUGAUGUUCGCAGAAGAAUCCCUAUAAAGCUCAUCUCCAAACAAGCCAGCAAAGUUAAGCCGGCACCUCGGACUCAAAGGACUGUCAGCAGGAUGCCCGCAAAGGCCCCGCAAGGUGAUGAAGAAGGAUUUGAUUAUAACGAAGAACAGCGAUAUGACUGUAAAGGAGGCGAACUCUUUGGGAAUCAGCGAAGAUUUCCAGGACACCUUUUUUGGGAUUUCAAGAUAAACAUCUUAGGUGAAAAGGACGAUACACCAGUACAUUUCUGUGACAAAUGUGGACUGCCUAUUAAAGUCUAUGGGAGAAUGAUUCCAUGCAAGCAUGUCUUUUGCUAUGACUGUGCUAUUUUACAUGAAAAAAAAGGAGAUAAGAUGUGCCCAGGAUGUAGUGAUCCUGUGCAGCGGAUUGAGCAGUGCACACGAGGUUCUCUCUUUAUGUGUAGCAUUGUUCAAGGAUGCAAGAGAACAUAUCUGUCUCAGAGAGACUUACAAGCUCAUAUCAACCAUCGCCAUAUGAGAGCUGGAAAGCCCGUUACCCGUGCUUCACUUGAGAAUGUUCAUCCUCCUAUUGCCCCCCCACCAACUGACAUCCCCGAUCGGUUCAUAAUGCCACCAGACAAGCAUCAUAUGAGCCAUAUUCCUCCAAAGCAGCACAUCAUGAUGCCACCGCCUCCUCUGCAGCAUGUGCCACAUGAGCACUAUAAUCAGCCACAUGAGGAUAUUCGUGCUCCUCCGGCAGAAUUGUCCAUGGCUCCACCUCCACCUCGUUCGGUCAGUCAGGAAACCUUUCGUAUUUCAACAAGAAAACACAGCAAUUUAAUAACGGUCCCUAUUCAGGAUGACUCCAGUUCAGGUGCUAGAGAACCACCACCUCCUGCCCCAGCACCUGCUCAUCACCAUCCUGAAUAUCAGGGUCAGCCCGUGGUAUCUCACCCUCAUCAUAUUAUGCCUCCACAGCAACAUUACGCACCACCCCCACCUCCUCCACCACCAAUAAGCCAUCCAAUGCCACACCCUCCCCAGGCUGCAGGUACUCCUCACUUGGUAUAUAGCCAAGCUCCACCUCCACCAAUGACCUCUGCUCCACCCCCAAUAACCCCUCCCCCUGGACAUAUUAUUGCCCAGAUGCCACCUUAUAUGAAUCAUCCUCCUCCAGGACCCCCUCCACCUCAGCAUGGUGGUCCACCUGUAACUGCACCCCCUCCUCACCAUUACAAUCCUAACUCUUUACCCCAGUUUACUGAAGACCAAGGAACUCUGAGCCCUCCAUUUACACAACCAGGAGGAAUGAGUCCUGGUAUAUGGCCUGCACCAAGAGGGCCACCUCCUCCUCCACGAAUGCAGGGCCCGCCUUCUCAAACCCCACUACCUGGACCGCAUCAUCCAGAUCAAACAAGAUACAGACCGUAUUACCAGUGAUCAUAGUGUUUUGAACUGAAGAUAUGACAAGGAAAAAAAAGAUUAGUCAAUCUUAAUUGACCUUUGACUGUGGAAGGAAAACUACCUCUUUUGAGGUAGCUAUUAACACAAGUCUUGUCUCUCAAAAUGGUUUUAAUCUGACUAGGAUUGCUUUCAAGUACUAUUCUGUAGUGCAGAUAAGUGGCUUGGUUGAGCACAAUUCUAUCUUAACUGUUACUUUGAUGUGAUAAAUUUUCCCAAAACGACCAUUUGUAAAAAAUUGAAAAAAAAUUCACUGUUCCACUUUGAGAAAUACUGACUUUAUUAAACCCAAUGUUUAGUUUUCUUGUGAUGCAUUUUGUUAACCUGUGUAAAAGAAUUAAAUUUCAAAAUGGUUGUAAAAAUGCUAUUUUUAUGUGAAUUUAAGUGCAGCCAUAUCAUUUUUUAACCCAUAUUUUACCACUAAUUUUCCAAGGUUAAAAUCCUAAAAGUAAAAAUCUACUAAAUCGUUACCAGGCAGACUGUUAAAUGUAGGGAAUUAUUCACACUUUAGGCACUGAAAGUUCAAAGUGUAGUUCUGUAAUACGGUUCACUCGGAUGCCUUUUCACAGCAGCUGCAGAUCAUCAGCGUUUCUGUAACUGUGCUUGGCUGGCAUGUCUCCAGGUAGUGUGUAAUUGGGAAACCGACCUGCUCUACAGGCUCUAAGCUGCCAGUGAGUGCUGUUCUCAUUGACGCUUUUUCUGAGUGGCUACAAUCACAUAACUUGUCACACUUAAAGGUCUUAAGUUACAUUAUUUUAUAGGACUGUUUAAAGUUGUUAUUGGAUGAAAUGUGCUCUCUGUUCACUGUCUUAACCUACAUGUUUGGGGCUGACUAGGCUUUAUUUAAAUCUCCUUUUUCUCAGUUUGAUUCUGUGUUUUAGUGCAUAGUGUGUUCUUAUUUAUGGAAUUACACACUGCAGUUUGAAUGAUGUGGAGGAAUCUGACUAAUGUAUUAGCAGACGGUGUUCCUUGUAGUCACAAGCUAGCAUGUACUCGGGUUUUUGUGGCUGUGGUGAGUUUUUCCUCUAAGUUGAAAUUUUAAAACUAUCAUUUCUUUUAUUGGUAAAACAGUCAAAAAUUGGAACAAUUUACUGUCGAAUCAAUAGUAAGGACAACCAGAUAAUUUUGAAUUGGACAGAAGAAAAGUCAUGGUUAGAUUGUGAAUUUCAGUGCCAUGUAAGGUGCCUUUAGAGUCAGUGUUUGCAUUAUAGGGGCUUGUUACAGUCCAUUGGAGAUGACCACUCAGUUUAUACAUAUUUCUAAGUCAGCAUCCUUAGGAUAUUAUCGUAUAUCCUUUGGAUUGACUAAACUCUUGUGAAGCUUUUCUUCCCCUUUAAAAUGGUGCAUAAUAUAAACAUGGUGUGUAGUGUGCAGAUAACAUUUAUUAGAUAGUUUGUAGUAUAUAAAUUUAGAACAUUGGUUUUUGACAAGGGGUAUACUGAUUGCUAAUUAACCAUUUUAUUCUGUCAGGUACAGGAAAACAUUCUCAUGGUGGAUGAUCAGAUACAAAAUCAUUUCUGAACUUUCAGAAGAAAUAAUGUACAUGGCCAUUCAUCCUUGGCUGGCCAGAAAUAACUAAUGCAGUUUUUUCUUGAGCAAAUAAUUUUAUUUUCACAUGUAGCAUUUUGAGAAUCUGGUUUGCUCAUGCACUAUUUCUAGUGAGAAAUUCUUGUUAUUAGAAGCAUGGACGUGAAAUAGUGUGACAUGUGGUGAGUGUUUCUGUCAUUACUGUAGGUACUUGGACUGGUGCAAACUUGAUUCUUUUUCAUGCCCCUGUUUAGGAGCUAUUAAAUAUUACUGUUAAAAUCCAAAUAACCCCUUUGUUUCAUGUAGUUAGAAAAUAGCCAGAUUCAUGUAAGAGCUUUUUAACUAUUUAUGAGAAGCUCUUAUAUUGAGAUUUCCUGGGGUUAAGUGUGGUAAGAAACCACUUAGCCUGUAUUUUGGACCAAAAAAAUCAGUAUCAUGAAAAAAAAAAAAUCCCACAUUAUGAGAAUUCUUGUAGGCUUUAAAAAACAAUGUAAAAACCAUUAUGCUGGGAGGCAGGCCAGAUGAAUGUUUUGUAAUAGAAUUUUAAUUGUUAGACUUCAGUUCAUCAGUUAAUUGUUUGAAUGAGGGUGGGUGGGUAGACAGAUAACAAGAUUAUUAUUAAGUGUUUCUGUUCUUAAGGAAAAAGAUGUGAAUCCCAGCACAUUUCAGGGAAGCCUUCGAAGCUAUCUAUGAUGGACAUAAGUCUAAAUGUAUGUAUGUUUCAUUAAUUGCUCUUAAGACUACUGAGGUGGCAGUUUAAUUCUUUAAAACAAUAAAAUGGAAGCAUAAAUACUA